CAGUGGCUCUCUUACAGAGAGUGUCUGGAUAGACUCAGUUCAGUUGAGCUUCACUGCAGUGAUGGAGAAGUAAGAUUACUCUACCAAAGAGAAAUCAAAAAAACAUCAGAUGAUUCCCUCCAAACAGCUGAAGACUCUAGGGCUGAUGCCUAUGGAGAGGUAUGUCACCACCUAUAGUAGUGACUAUAAACCUGUGAGUGAGCGCCAGCUGAAGCCCAGAACUGAAGCUAAAGCUGCUCCUGCAUUUAUCAGCUCACCACAGACUUAUCGUGAUACCUGGCCUGUAUAUCCUCAAUACUUUUACAAGACAACUAACAGCAUCUACGGCUCCAGUAGCAGGUCACAGCCUCCCUCUUGUUCCCUCUUCCCUGCCUCCUUGUGUCGACUUGGCCUCCUCCCUCCUUCCAUGUCUGAGGCCUCCAGGGAUGUUGGCUCUUCCCUGACAGAUGCAAGGACACAGGAAGUGGGAGUUGCAAGAGAGACUUGGCCUUUAUUUGGUGAUGAGGAGAAAGGGCAGCUGCACUAUGUCUAUGGUGGAAUGGGGAAUGUGUUGGAGCAGCAGAAGGCAAAAGAUGAGCCCAGGAAGAAGAUUGAUAUUCUCUAUGAGGAAGGUGUGAUUGUGUUGUCAUCUCAUGUCGGUCCGGCCUGCUGUGAAGACUUCAGAGAAGCCGGACUGCAGCACCUGCUCCACUGUCCUGUGGCCUCCAGUCCAAUUAUCACAAUCAAAGAUGCUGAAAAUUGGGAUACGCAUGCCUUCUUGAGGGGCUUUGGACCGGCUAUUGGACUGAAGAACAGCCCCUUCCUUCAGCCUGCUCCCAGACAGUGUAGUUGCUGUGCAUGGGAAACUGAGUGUCCCAAUGGUUGUUGCUUUAAGAUGCAAACCUUCCCCCCCUGCAUGCCUCGCAGCAACACAUUACCUCUGGCCCAUGUUCAGCCCACUUUCUACUGCACAGAGCCCAGCAGGAAGCUACCGUUGACAGAGUACCAAGCCAGGUACACUGCUGAGUGGGCCCAGUCGAAGGCGCAGCAGAGUGACAUCGACCAUCGUUAUCCUCCUUGUCACCAGAUACUUUAUCCUUCGUUCUGAAUCUCAACUUUUGUCUCAAUACACAGCAGAUGAUAAAAAACAUUGUUUGUGUGUGUGUCAACCAGGAUGAACCCCUUUUAAAGUGCUUUAUUUCAGUGUAAAUGUUAAAAAGAGUUGCUUCUUCAUCCAAUUGCCCACC